AUGUCGGCCAGGUCGCCCAAGUCGGCUCUCGUCCGCCUUCGCCUGUCGCCCGACCUGCUCGCCAGGUUCCCCGUCGACUCGCCCGCCCGCAAGACCUCGCGACCAAAGUCGUCGUCUUCAUCCACGCCCGCCGACACUCCCGCCGAUCCGAUGAUCAUUGAGCCCUCGCCGUCGCAAGAUGCUUCCGAGGCCGUCUCGACUCCUCUCCCCAACGGCGCCACUCCCAUCGACGGCAACUCUCUGGCACCUCCCCAGAACGGUGUGAAGAGGAAAGGCGUGCCCGGCCCCAAGCCUGGGUCGAAGCGUGGAGCUGCUGAAACCAUGCCCAAGCCGCGCGGCAAGCCCGGCCCCAAGAAGAAGCCCAGACUCAGCGAACUCAACGGAGACGCAUCGGUCAUGAAAGGUCCAUUCGCCGGCGUCGUGCCAAUUACGACGCAGAAGCUCGGCCCAAAGGCCAACCAAGGUGCCAUCAACGCUGGUCUCCGCGCUCUGGACCGCUCCGGCAAGCCGUGCCGCAAGUGGGAAAAGAAAGGCUUCCAACUCAAGAGCUUCACCGGCGUCGCCUGGUCCGUUCCGACAUGGCGCACCCCAAAGAAGAGCACCGUCGACGAAAACGGCGACGUCAAGUCUGACACGACCGGCACCAGCGAAACCAACAAAGUCAACGAGAGCAGUGCCGUCGCCAGCGAAAAGAGCAGCAGUGGCGGAGGCAACAUGGACACGCCCAACAGGGCCAUGCCUCUUCCUAAUGUUCCCAGCUCACCGAUUCCAUCCAUGACUCCCGUUUAA